AGCAUACUAGUAGGCGGAUGAGAGAAUCGCUGUGGGGUAAAAGGCAAGAGGAAACGCCUGCCAUCGCCCCUGUGCUCAAAAUACUCUACGUGUUGACUGCAGUUAAAGGAGCCGUAACACUUAUCAUUUAGGCCUGACUGCUUGUAUUAGUUUGGUAAGGUCGUGAGAUUGGAAAAUAGGUACAUUAUUUGGGUUUUUUAUCACUCGGUGGAGCUGCAAGCUGCUCCAACCCAAAGUGUCUCCUCCCGCGAGUAUGACAGCAGUUUCUGCAGCACAAUCGUCGCGCUGACGCAGAUGAGGGAAAUGCAUUGAGAAGGAGGCUAGCAAACAAAUCUUUGAUGACAUGGAAUAUGCAAGAAUGUCCGGCCCUUCCCUUCUGGUGCUUUUGAGAGCCCAAAACCUCCAGGUGGAUAAUCUAAGACGGCAGUGACUUCAGUUCCAUCAGACAGAAAAAUAUGGCCCCUAAACAACCUUCAAGCAUUGAAGAGCAAUGUGAGCCUGAAUCUGAGGAGGGAGAAAAAACAGGACCCGGACUCCCUUCAGAACAUCCACUUGCCUAUGAUGCUCCGGAUGGAGGCUGGGGAUGGGUGGUUCUGCUCGCCACCAUCGUUGUCUUAGCUCUCACGCUGGCCUUUCCCUCCUGCAUCAGCAUCUUCUACUUGGAUCUACAGGUGGCUUUUAAUGCCACCAACAGCGAGACGUCUUGGGUGCCUUCAAUAAUGACAUCAGCUUUACAUGUUGGAGGUCCUCUAUGUAGUGUACUGGUGGAACGCUUCGGUUGCCGGGCAACGGUGAUCUUCGGGGGUGUUUUGAGUGGUGUGGGGAUGGCAGCCAGCUCCUUUUCAAAUUCCAUGGUUGAGUUAUACAUCACUACUGGGAUCAUAACAGGUUUGGGUUUCUGCUUCAGCUUUCAGCCUGCCGUCACCAUACUCGGACAUUACUUUGUGCGUCGUCGUCCAUUCGCAAAUGCGAUGUCCUCCACUGGCACCGCUCUGGGCCUGUGUGCAUUGCCCUUUUUAGGAGACUAUCUGCACCAUGAACUUGGCUGGAGAGGGAGCUUUUUGGUGCUCGGCGCUGUGCUGUUCAACUGCUGUGUUUGUGGGGCUGUCAUGAGACCGCUCAGGCCCAGAAAAUCAGAGGCGAUGAGGAACGGCCCCAGAGCCAUCUCAGAAACGGGGCUGAAAGUGCGAGUGUUGGCAAUGAUUCGAAGUUUCCCAUCAUCUCUCAGACGAAACAUGGCCUUUGACCUGUUCAGCAGUAACCUUCGAUUUCGUGUUUUUUCAUUGGGCAUCACUUGGAUGAUGCUGGGGUUUGUGGUGCCACUUAUAUACCUAGUCCCUUACGCAACGAUUAAUAAAAUGGAUCAAAGCCGCGCCGCCCUGCUGCUCUCCAUCAUGGGCUUUGUCAACAUUUUUGUGCGACCCCCCAUUGGAGUGCUCUUCAGCCUGCCCUGGUUCAAAGGUCGCCACAUCUACGUGUUCUCAGCCGCGCUGGUGAUAAACGGACUCAGUAACAGUAUUUGUUGCAUUGGCGCUAGUUUUCAGGUGCUGUUAGCGUACGUGCUUGUGUAUGGAAUUUCAAUGAGCGUGGUCGGAUCGCUGAUGUUCACCGUUAUGAUGGACAUAGUGGAGAUGAGCCGGUUCCCGUCUGCGCUCGGCCUGCUGUCAAUCAUGGAAAGCGUCACACUGUUGAUAGGACCUCCACUCGCAGGAAAACUAAUUGACAGGACUCAAGUCUUCACAUAUGUGUUUCUGGCCUGCAGCGUCUCAGUGACCUUAUCAGCUCUGUUCCUUAUGAUUUCGUUUUACUGGCUGGACCGCCGUGACGCUGCCCAGAAGGACAAUGGUUCUCCAGCUGAGCCUGCUGUUACUCUAUCCACUGAAGGCCAGUACAGUAUUGUGCCUACAGGUGGGGUAAAUUCCCCAUCUUAAGAAACAGAAAACAUUAACAUAUAAACCAGAACCAGGUUAUCUAUGCAUUACAGCUCAUAAAAAUGUGUUGUAUAUGCAUUGAAAAGUGCCUUGGAUCUACAAUGCCAUUGGAUUACCGUAAAUAGAGUAGAUUAAGUCAGGAAAUGUUUAGCUUCAUAUUUAUUUUGUUUAAUGUCAUACUAUCUUCAGUUUUAUCUCUUCAUCUCAUGAAUAUCACAAUACACUGUAUUAUACACCGUGUUGGUAUCAUAAUUAAUGACAUAAGCACACUGUUAAACCUUAAAGAGAGAUUGAUUGGUGAUCUGAUGUCUUAACUUUACAACACUGAAAUAUCAAAGAGUAAGAAAAGAGACUGUGAGACAAAAAACUGUUCCUAGAAAGUACAUUUCAUGAAACAUACAAAUCUUUGCUGUCCUUCCGAAACCUUGAAUGUCCAAAUUUGCUGUUUUUCAGGAAAUGGAAAAAAACUGUAAUUUUUAAAUGAUUAAAUAUUUUGUUGACAAGCACUUUUUAAUACUUUUAAUUGGUUAGAUAUUUGCAAAACCCAGUGACAAACAUAAAGGCUGACUAAUAAAAAUGAUUUUUGGUUAAAAAAAAUAAAAAUGGCAUUACAUGGUUUCAGAAGCACAGCAAGAAAAUACAGCAUCAGCCUCUAUAGAGGGGGAGUUGAGUGUCAUAUAUAUCACAGUGUCUAUUAAAGAGUAUUUAGUACAGUAAUACAAUUUAUUUCUUUAUUAAAGGCAAAUAUAUUUGGAGUUUUGAUACUAAAUCUGUAAGCAGAUAAAUGCUGUUCUUUCUCAUUGCAAUCAAUAAACAUUUUUGCAGUCCCAUGGACUAA